ACAUUUGCAUUCAAAAGCUUUAUAAAAACAUUAGAGGUGUGACAAAAAAUUUUAAGUGAAAAUUAUACGUUAGAUAAAUAUUUAUCUAAAUUUAAAAUAUUGAUAAGUAGCGAGUCACGCAGUAUUUAUUCAAAUAAAGUCUAAGCGGGAAUACGUUUGAAAAGUGUGAGUUGAAUUGAAAUCAGAAGCGAUGUGUGCCUGCUGUCCGCCACCGUGUUGCCCACCACCAUGCUGUUCACCAUGUGAUCCAUGUCCGCCCCCCUGUCCACAGGGACCACCAUGUAGCGUGACGGCUUGUGCUCUUGAAUGUAUGCCACAAUGUUGUCCGCCACUGCCACCAGCUACACGUCGAAAUGUGACGGUGCAGCAACCACCCCGAUUGGUUGUUCAGAAGAAGGUCGUUUAUGUGAAAAAGGUAGUUCAAGAUCCGAAGCUGGUGUGCCGUGUGAAACCGGUGACAGUGCCUCAUAUUACAGAAGUUAUGAAGGUUCGACGUAAGCCUGUGGUUCGGUGGAUUUCGCAAAUGGUUAGUGAACCACGUGUCACGUGGUACCCAGCCGUUCGCUCUGACCCAUAUGUUGUUUGUUGCCCGCGAGUAGUUAUGUCACCGAAGGAGGUGUGCCAAACAUUACUAUGUCAACCGAAGCCGCAAGUCAUUCGUGUUCCGCCGCCACCUGAAUACUGUUGUUAUGCAACAGGACCACAAACUUUGCGGUGUAUUCCACCUAAUCCAGCCGCUUGUUGUCCUCCAGUUCCUCCAUGUUUGCCGUCGCCUUGCGAGCCAUGCCCACCUUGUGGUCCGCCUAGUCCUUGCAGUCCGUGUAGCCCUUGCGGACCAUGCGGCCCAUGUCCGCCUUGUGGCCCCUGUCCACCUUGCCCACCUUGUGGACCAUGCGGACCUUGUGGACCAUUCCCGCCAUAUCAGUGUGGGCCAUGCGAUCCGUGCAAUCCCUGCAUGCCAGUGAAUGGAUGUUGCACUCCGUGUUGCGGAUGAAAUGGAACAAAACUUUUGGAGUCGUAACAGUUGCUCAUUAGGUUUAAGUAAAUUUUCCUUGCAAAUACAGCAUUGACUCAUUCUGCUUUUAAGAGUAAGAAAAUUUGUUGUAUGUUUUGAUACUUAACUUUUUUUCCGAUAUAUCCUAGAGUUUGGUUAUUGUAGAUCAUAAGUGUAUUCUCUAUUUCGAAUACAGAAUUUAUGUACGAAAUUUAUGAUUCAAAAUGUAAAUAAAAAGAAUUUACAA